AGUCAAACCAGCAAAAUUGUUUUCUUUGAUGAUCAAAGGCAAAAGCGCUCAUGACAAAAAUUUCACGAGGGGUAUUUUCGUUAUCAUAGUAAAAAUCAACAGAAAGUCAAGUCUACCCAGAAAUUGCAAAAAAAUCAAAGAAGAAACCUUUACCGAAAAAGAUCCUUUCUCGUCUCAAACAAGAUUUCGAACCCAGUUUUUCCAGGAAAGCAAAGCAUUCGAUUCCUUUCAAAACCCAGAAAAGAAAACUAAAAUUCCAUUUGCAAUUCCCAAAUACACAUCUUUUUCCUUUUUCUUUCCCUCUUCUCUCUCUCUCUCUCGAUACCCCUCCAAAACCACUGAAUGAGAUCACCUGUAAAGAAACUCUAUUGGUGAUUUCAGAAGCCUCAUUGUCAUAGGAAGAGUCAGCCAAGUUUCCAGCAACUCCUGCAUGGAGAUGGUGACUCAUGUGGCAUAAAUGGAAAAUUGUCAUUUACAAUUCUUCCAAAUUUACCAUAUCUUUGCUGGGGAUUGAUAGCAAAACAAUAAAUGGUACAACCUAAAAUCUCCCACCGCCCAACUAUAUGCUACAGGCCUAUACGGCCCUCUGAUUUGGAGAUUUUAGAGCGACUCCAUGCAGAUGUAUUUCCUAUCAGGUAUGAAUCAGAGUUUUUCCAAAAUGUUGUCAAUGCACGUGACAUUGUGUCCUGGGCAGCUGUUGAUCGUAGUCGACCAAAUGGUAACAGUGAUGAGCUUAUUGGAUUUGUUACCGCACGUAUUGUGCUGGCAAAAGAAAGUGAGAUAGGGGACUUACUUAGGUAUGAUCCCUCAAAACCAGAUCAAAAACUAGUGUACAUUUUGACACUUGGAGUGGUAGAAACUUACAGAAACCUCGGGAUAGCAACUGCUCUUAUUCGUGAAGUUAUCAAAUAUGCUUCAAGUAUACCAAUAUGCCGUGCUGUUUACUUGCAUGUGAUUUCUUACAAUAAUCCUGCCAUUUAUUUAUAUAAAAAAAUGGCAUUCAAGUGUAUAAGGAGGUUGCAAGGCUUUUAUCUAAUCAAUGGCCAGUAUUAUGACUCGUACUUGUUUGUGUACUAUGUAAAUGGCGGUCGUUCUCCAUGCUCUCCAUUAGAGCUUGUAACAGCUGUCGUGAGUUACAUGAGGAGUGGUUUUAAAUCUGUAGCUGAAAGGCUAUGUAAGAAUGAAGAGAAGCCGAAGUGGCCCAAAUGUAAAGAAACUCAUUCUCUUAUAUCAAUUCAAAACAAGAAAAAUCUCACAACUGAGUGUACGAGUUAUGAAUGUGUGUAAUAUGCUUAUUUUGUUGGAAGAAACUUGUUAUAAAAUUAUGUCUUCUAGUCCUGUAUUAGUUCUCUAUAUGUUCUUUCAAAAAAUCACCUUUUUUUUUUUAAUUACUGUCCCAGACUUGUAUUUCAUUCUGUCCACCUCAACAUAUAUGUAAUAGAAGUUGUCCCGACUCUUAUAGAAGGAAAAUUGCUCUCUAUUGAUUCUUCCAAGUUGUGUUUUAUAACAUAAUGAUAUUAUUAGUAACAGGAGUGAAUUUCAUAUCA